AUAAAAAUUGUGGACAAAAAUAGACAUUAAAUUGGUGUAAUUUCAGAUCUGUUUAACAAAAGAAAACAAGAUGUAAAGUGAAAGUAAGCCUGUCUUCUUCAAGAAAAUGAUUUUCUCAAUUGACUACCCUGAAAAGCAUUUGAGGUAUGCAUACAUGUAAUAUUGUAAAUUCUGUAUAACAUCAGAGAAAGUUGCGUGACCUAGACUAAAAUGAUGAUUUAUACUGUAAUGAUUCAUCGUCCAGUUGCAGGUUUUGAUAUUAUGAUUUGUGAAGAAUACAACAGGAAACAAGAGGGAGAUUUAGAAAGGAAUUAAUGUAAGUGUAAAGGAAAUAAUUGUUAUGAUUAUGACUAUGAACAAGUUAUUUGUUAUUACAUUGGGAAGUAAAAUUGAAAGGAAGUUUGGAUUUAGAAUUGCAGGAGAUGUGAUUUUGAUCAUCCCUAUUCUCCAGUUGAUCUUACUAUUAUAAUAUAGCUCAGUUGGGACAGCACAGGUAUUGGAAAGUUGUAAAAUAUUGCAGGAAUUUUAAAUUACGAGAUAUACAAAGAGUAGUUGUCAAGUCUAAACUAAAGGCAAAGUUCCAUGUUCAGAAUAAUCAAAUUGAGAAGAGACAACAAUAUUAAGAUAACAAUAUUAAGGAGAGAACUAUUAUUUGUCUUUUUAAUUGUGCAAAAUGCAGUAAACUGAUAAGUAUUCCUGCUUUUGGCAGUUAAUAAUACUAAAUUCUGUAUUUUAGAAAAGUUCAAAAAAUAGUUACAAUUUACAAAUCUCUUGAAUUAGCAAAUGAAACAAGACGAUGGCACAUUAAAGAAUUUUUAAAUAGUAAUGAAGAAAAUAUCAAAAUCUCAAGAUAUAGAAAUUCAAUAAAAGAUUGUCACAAUACAAAAAAUGGAAGAGUGGUUCCAACAUGAAGACAAUUUUUUUUCUUUCAAUCUGACGACAACCGAUGGACACGUAGGCGCUGAUCAAGAAUGUAAACAAUCUGGUGGUCACCUAGCAACCAUUUCUGACAAAGAGACAGAAAACUUCAUAAAUAACCAAAUCGAUAUUCAAAACAUGGAUCAGAAUGUUUCAUGCCUUUGGAUUGGUUUAAGAAAUAACAGUAACGAUUGGGUAUGGGAAGAUGGAACAAAAAUGGAAUACACAAACUGGGAUGAGGGGGAGCCAAACUAUCUUGAUACACAGCAUUGCACAAACAAACAAAUUAAAGGCAUUUAUGCUGAGAAGAAACCAUGGUUCAAUGACUAUUGUGAUAUAGCAGGCCCAUCGUGUGGAAGAAUAUGCCAGAAAAAUCAAGAUUUCAACACUUUGGAAACCUGGAACACUAUUAGUAACACACUAACAACAAUUCAACCAUUUGAUGGAAAUUCAAUGUCAUCUGCUAUCAUGUUUCCAGUGAUGAUUCUCAUUGUUCUUAGUCUUACAAUAUCUGUGCUAUUCAUUUGUUACAAAAAAAGAGGAAGCAGGCUUGAAUCAGAAAUCACAAAAGAGACGGAAGAUGUUGAAAUGCAAGAAAUGUCUCCUUUGAACCAAGAGAACAAAAGCACAGAAGAUUACGAAGAUGGUUUUCCAAAUACAAACAGAAGUCCCAAUGAAGAUGAAAACAUUUUGGAAAAUAUUGCUAAUGAAAAGAAUACAUCGAAUGCUUCCAGUGAAUGUGGAUCAAUUUUUGACUCAGACAACAUUGAUCAAAUUGGAAUAGAAUUAGAAAUAGGGUCCUUGCAGAACGAAAGAAUGGGCAGCUCACAAUAUGAAAACGUCAGUGACACGGCAUCACGGGGCAAUGAUACAAGUUACCAUGAAGAUAUGGAUACAGCAUUGUGAUUAUUAAAUAUUAGAAAAUGUAUGAAACAGUAGUGAAAACCUGAAAAUGACAUCAUAGACACAAAAUCAAGUCAUGAUGUAUUGAAUAUUUAAGAUUAAACUUGGUUUAGCGAUAAUGUUUUAAUAAUGAGCCGAAUUAUAUAUAUAAGUUUCAAUAUGAGCUAUGAUGAGAGAGUGUCUGUAGAAUUCCACUCAAAACUCCUCUCAAAACUCCUCAUUCAACUGGGUUAAUAUGUUAAAUUUUGUCAGAGUUCAAAUAAUUCAUGGUUGAAAAUUUCUGCAAGGAAAUUUCCUAACAACGAUGAGAAGAUGAUUCAGAGGGGGUUUCAGCAGAAAGAUGAUUCACUUUUAUCUCAAGAGCGAGUGUGUUAGACUUCACCACUUUGAGCAAAUUCUUUAAAAAAUUGGUAUACAGACAAAGUUUUCUUGCUUAUAUAAGUUGUAAUAUAUUUCUCAUCAAUUUUUCAUAGAUUUUGUGUUUUCUGCUUUUAUACUAAUUUUCAGUUUUGUGGAGCGAGCCUCCAGUACCCUGUGUAUUUUGUACACAGUGUGACAGAGUAUUGAAUAGAAAUCUGCAAUGGAUUUUUACCAUAUGCAAAGUUAUGAAUUCAGACUUUAGUUCGCAAUAUAAUAUUAGCAUCAACAUACCUUUGGAUAUUUAUCUUUGAUGACAACAACUUUAUCAUCUUUGGAAACUCUCAAACUAGGAUCAUCCAUUGAUCCUUUCAAACCUUGACUCCAAUGAUAGGAAGGUUUUUGUGCUGAAUUAUUUUUAUUAUUUGCAUUUGCUU